AUGUUUCUUUGGCUCGUUAGUUUCUUAAUGAUUUCAGCUUCUGUCUCUUCCCUUGAAUACAAACUACACUGGGACGUUCCCCCUGCAAAUGCUUCUACAAGUUUCAAUGAUUGGGCCUCCGAUAAACGGUUUCAAGUUGGAGACAUCAUUCGAUUUAAGUACAAGAAAGAUUCGGUGAUGCAAGUGACGAAGGAGGGUUACAAGCAAUGCAACUCUUCUCACCCGAGAUUCUACUCCAAUACGGGCAAGACCAGGUUUAUGUUUGAUCACCCAGUUCCUUACUAUUUCAUAAGUGGCACGUCCGGUCACUGCGAAAAAGGUCAGAAAAUGAUUGUUGAGGUCAUAUCUAACGACCGGACCACAACAUCUUCUGCUAUUCCGGCUACAAUGGCUGGUUGGUUCUGUUUCUUCAGCUUCACGUUACUUAUUGUAGCUUAG